GGCAGCGGUGGGAUUCACUGCCGAAAAAUACCGAAAAGGGAAAAAACGCUCCCUAACGGACUCAGCGCACAGAAGAAAACCGCCGAAGAGAAACAUUAAAGCCAGGGCGACAAUUCACCCGAGGCGCAACAAAGCCGACCUGCUGAUUCUCCGAGACAAGGAAGGAAGAUAGCAUCGGACAACAGCGAUAGCAGUGUUAUCUAAGACGACACCGACCUACCGCAACGUGACGCACCAGCCACAAGCAGCUGAGCGACGGACAACAUGCGGCGAUACAUCGCGGUAAUAUUUAUAAUCUGGGUGACGCUAAGUUCCGCAGAAGACCCGGACAUGAAGGCACCGUAUGAAAUAGAAAAAUUUACGCACCAUCCAGGGAUAUAUUUUGAAAAGCUAGGAGGAUUACAUCAGGUUGAAUCCUUCUGGAAAGUGGUCAUCAAGAUAGACGUGACGACACUAUCAAAACGACUCGCACAGGUAGAAAAAUACGUACGCAAAACGGAUAAUCUAUGCAAAAUGAUAGCAGUCAUAGGGAAAGAAACAUGCGAAAAUUUACACAGCGUUAUUGAAAAAGGGUGUGAAAGAACUAAUAAAUUAAUAGAACGCAUAAACUCAACAUACAAUACAAGAAUACACAAAAGAGGAUUAAUCGACGGGAUAGGAUCAGUCGCAAAAUCAUUGUUCGGUACGAUGGACGCAAACGAUGAAAAAUUAAUUAACGAACAACUAACGGUAUUACACGACUCACAGGAAUUAAACAAACACGCAAUAAAAAACCAAAUAAAAAUAAUGCAAGCCACUAUCGCUCACAUUGAUAACAGUGAAAGAACUAUCCGACAAAACGAAAAUACUCUCGCGGACGCGACAGACAAACUAAGAACAAAAUUAUUAGAAGACGAACGCCAAAGUAACUUACACGAAAAUUUUAUAAUAAUUAACGCGGUACUGUCUGAUCUAACACGCGACGCGGAAGACGUACUAGAAUAUUUAACGUUUUUAAAAGAAGGAAUUCUGCAUCCUCGGUUAACACCUAUAUCAAUAAUAAUAGAAUCACUUAAAGACGCUAGCUCGCAAUUGCCCGAAGGACUCUACUUCCCAUUCAGAAUAAAAGAGAAUGAAUGGUCGACAAUAGAGAAAUUUGCGACAGUAGGCGCAUACUGCGAUCAAAUAAAUAUAUAUACUAUUUUACGAUUCCCUCUAAUUUCGAUGCCAAAAUACGAAAUACUAAGUGUAAUUCCGCUACCUAUCCCAAGUCAGAACAACAUUUUUUCGUUCGUAGAAAUUAACAAUCCCCUGAUUGCAAUAGACACAGAACAGCGUACUUACAUAACCCUCGCAAAGAACGACCUGCGGAAAUGCAUAGAGAUAAAUACCGAAUACCUAUGCACGGAAAAUCACCCCGUAUAUCGAAUAAACCCAGACUCUAUCUGCGAGAUAAAAAUGUAUCUAGAAACGAAAGAUCAUUAUAAAAAUUGUAACAUAAAAAAUGCGACGUCGAACCACAGUCUUUGGAUAGCGUUAAGUAAUUCACACUCGUGGCUAUACUCGUCACCACGAAAGCAAGUAAUUACUCUACAUUGUAAAGACCAUGGAAAAAUAAAGGAAACAAUUGAAAAAGUAGGUAAAAUUACAUUAAAAAAUAACUGUAAGUUAGUGACAGAAAAUACAAUUAUAAGAUCACCCAAGAUGUCACAUGAGACAAGAGUAGAAUCAUAUCUCCCUCAGUAUAAUAUUUCACUACUACAGAAGCCUGGUUUAGAAAACGAUACAGGUCUCAAAGAAAUAAAAUUAAAAAAUAUUAUACCAAAUCCGACGGAAUUAAAAAAUUCCAAGGAUAAAUUAGAGGAGAUAGACAACGAACUAGAUAAAAAUUCAAGUUCGAUUUUUCAGUCGCCACACUUUAUUUUUCCAAUGGCGACAAGCGGAACAACAAUUGUAAUAAUAAUAAUAGCCGUAGUAAUAGGAUUUAUUAUAAUAAAAAAGAAAAAACGGAAUAACAAUAAGCGGGUGACAUUAGAUAUAGAUACAGAAUAUACGAUACCGAGAUCUAUCCUAAAACGAAGCAACAGCACACGUUUCUAACACAAAAAACAUAUAUAUAUAUAUAUAUAUAUGUAUAUAUAUG